GCCUCUUCAAACCACAAGGCGGAAGGAUUUGGAGAGUUUGCAAAAUGACAGAAGUCGAAUUUCUUCGAGAUCAAGUAAAUCGUUUAAAUUCCGUCCUGGGUCGAUAUCAGGAUGAAUUUCCCCCUCCGUCCUCUGUGUCACAGGCAGAUGAUGUGGUCCUGGAGUCAGCGACCCCCUGGCUAUCAGACAGAGGUCUAAUGGCUCCUUUGAUAGAAGAGUAUGACAGACACAUACAGCAGAUGGAGAUGCAGCUCAAGUUUUACCAGAGGCAGAUGACAGACGUGAAGGCCAGUCUGGAGCAGGUGGUGAAAGAGAACGAGCGGCUUCAUGCAGAGCAGAGGACAUCCAUUGAAAAGCAGCUGCAGUCUCUGUCUGCUGGAAUAGAAGGAGAUACAGAUGCAAUCGCCAUCAACAAUCUAGAGGAGCAGGUCAAGUGUGCCGUGGAGGAGAAGGAACAGGCACUGCAAAUGUGGCAGGCAGCUGCGCAGGAGUUGGAUCGACUGCAGAACCAGUAUCAAAGCACAGUUAGUGAUGGACAAAUACAUGCAGUUGAACGGCAACACAUGCAGAAUCAGAUGGCACAACUUCAACAACACGCCCAGAAACUCCAGAAGACCAAUCAGAAGCUGGAAUCGACAAACCAGCAGUUCCUGAAGACGGUGGCGGAGCAGAGCAGUGAGCUGGAGGAGUUACGUGCACAACUCAGACAAGCAAAGGUUGAGCAGAGAUCUGCUGCAACGAAAGUGGAGGAGAUGACCAAACUCCUGCAGAACGUCCAGGAUCGGAUGCAGAGGAGGGAAGAGGACGCAACAGAAGCUCAGGGCAGAGAGGAAGCAUCUGACCGGAGGCUACAGCAACUACAGACAGCACUCAACCAGCUAGAGGCCAGGCUUAAAGCUGCGACGCAGGAUUCUGAGUCCGUGCGCAGGAAGCAGACGGAGUGGGAGCGGCAGGUGGGAGAACUGCAGAGCCGCUGCGCCUCUCUGGAGGAGGAGAAAUUUGAAGCCCUCAGUCGCCUCCGUAACUCUAUCCAGUUGGCCGAGGAGGCCUCGCUUCAGAAAGAACAGUCUCAGUUGAGAGAGAAACAGAGAGCAGAAGAACUGGAGAAGAUGAAAGAUGCCAUGAAACAGCUGAUCCAGGAUGCUGCUUUACUCACCAGGAAAGAGGUGGAGAGUGUGCGGAAGCAGUGUAAUGUUCAGAUUCAUCGCAUGGCUGAGGAGCUGUCCGCCCUGCAACUGGAAUGUGCUGAUAAAGAGACACAGAUUGAAAGAGCCCAUCGGGAGAGAAAAGCUGUUGAAGAGGAGCUGGAAAAGGUGUAUAAAGAGGGUCGUGUUGGAGAGCCCGAGCUGAGGAAGAUGGAGGCUCUUCAUCAUAGAUGUUUGAACGCUGAACGACUGAAGGAUGAAACGCAGCUCACACUCAACAGCACAACAAACAAGAUGAAGAAAAUGGAGAUGGAGUAUUCUGAGGAGCUGUCGCGCUGUCAAGAGGAGGUGCGGAGGCUGCAGUCAGUGCUGGCGAGUGCGAGACAGGAGAGUACGGCCAUCAGUGAGGAGCGAGUCACACUGCAGCAGGAGAACCAGCAGCUCCACAGAGACAUGGAGGCACUCCGCAAAGAGUGUGCGUUAGCUCAGAGACGUGCCAAACAACAGGUGUCUUCGAUGCAGCAGGAGCUAUGUGUGAAGGAGCAGGGUUUGGAGUCCAGGCUGAGAGAGAUGGAGGAGAGCAGCAAAAACUCCAGCGCUGGUUUGAGCAGACUGCUGCUCGCUCAACAGAAAACUAUCAGCCGCUACAAAGACGAGGCCAAGCAGCUCACGCAAGCGUUCCAGCAGAAACUCAGCAGCCUCCGGUCAGAGCUGAACAGACAGAAGCAGCGGGCUCAGGAACUGGAGAUCCAACUGGAAGCUGAUCAUCAGAGGAUACUGGAGUAUGAGAGGCUGGUUUCCGAGCACCAGGAGAAGAACGUGCGUCUACAGAGGCGUCUUACUCAGGCAGAGCAACGGGCAGCAAGUGCAUCACAACAGUUGAGUGUGAUGUCACACAGGAGGAAAGCUGCAUCCAUGAUGGACCUUGAGACCCUUUCAUAGGAGAACUGCAGAAUGUCUUCCACUCCCAUCUUCCUUGUAAAUAACAAGAUCCCUGAUGAGCUGAGAAGCCUUGGUUCAUCAAUGGGUUUAUUCAUGCCUUCACUUGCAAGAUUAUCCAUGUUUAUCAGUUAGUUCAUCGAUGUGGUUUCUGAGUUAUAAAUGUUUUUGAUGAGUUUACCAUUAAAGAGGUAUAUGAUUAAGUUCACUAACUGUAGGAAACAAAAUAUUAGAAUCAUUGCAUUGGGACAAAUAUCAAGUAGUAGAUAACUGAUUAAUUGAUUCUUGUUGAUUUUUACACUAAGCGAUGAGUGAAACUCUCUAGAAAAACUUUUUUUUAAAAGUCUGAUUUUUUGCAAAUAUAUUUGACCAAAAGAACUCCCUCAAAAAAAAUAUGUACUGACAAAUGGGACAUCAGUAUGGUUUGUAAGUUUUAUGCUACACAAGAGCAAUAUCUAGCUUGUGAAAUAUUUUUGAGGAAAACUAGAAAAAUAUAUUUUUAAUCAAAA